AUGGCAGAGACUCACCACUUUGAUAUCUCGAAACUGUUCUCAGUUCAAGGAUGGGUGUGCGUUGUGACGGGAGGGGGCACGGGCAUUGGCCUCAUGGCAACACAAGCUCUCGCGGCGAAUGGCGCAAAGGUGUACAUCACAGGCAGGCGGACCGAGGCGAUCGAGAACGCUGCCAAGGAGCACAACCCAAGCUUCUCGACCGGAGGCAAGAUCAUCCCGGUGGGACCAUGCGACGUGCGCAAGAAGGAAGACCUUGAGAGGAUCGUUGAGGAGCUGCAGACCACCCACGGCGAGAAGUACAUCAACUUGCUGGUCUGUAAUGCCGGCGUGGCGGGACCCAAGGCCGAGCCCGAGGAGGCGGACGCCUCCGACCUCAAGAAGAAGCUUUGGGACAACGAGAGCGUCGAGGCGUGGCAGAGCACCUUCGAGACCGAUGUGACGAGCGUCUACUUCACGACUGUGGCGUUCCUGCCCCUCCUACAGGCGAGCCUCCAGCCGAAGGGGCCCCUGGAGCGGUUCCAGCCCAGUGUGAUCACCAUCUCGAGCAUGUCUGGUCUGAUGAGGCACGCACAGGGGCACUUCUCGUACAAUGCCGCCAAGGGGAGCCACGGUUCAUUUAUCGAAACUAAUGUCUGCUGA